CGACCUGCGCUUUGCCAUUUACCCUCUUGUCAUCCCGAGAUCCUUGCUAUUGAAUGGACAUGUGGACGUCAACAAGACAUGCAACCUCCUCGAUAAGUAGAAGACUGCCGUAUGUCUGCGCCGAGUGUCGAUUGCAGUUUUCUCAAAGAUUCUCAACUUUGCCGCAAUGGCGAAUCUACAAUCUUGCACAUCUACGAUCCAUUCCGGACUCUUCAAGGAUCAAGGGAAGAAGGUUUUCGACGCGGAAUGGGAGGAGGUCCUCGAUCAGCUCAUCUCAAAUCCCUACCACAUCUGAUGUACCUGCUAUAGACUCGGUCCUCAGCGCAGGCGAUCAUCACCAAAAUCCAGCCAAGUCCGUCAUCCGUGACCAUUUAAGAGCAUGGAGCAUACGGAAUCAAAAAAGCAAACUCGAGGACGCGGAGGCACAAUAUACGGGCUCCGGGAGGCUGGAUACACUUCCAAACUCUUUGUUUAUUGAGGAGACAACGUCCGACGAAGGUCCAAUAGAUGCGGACCUAGAGCAGUAUGAAGAUACUCUCGAAGGCUCCUCGGCGGCUCUACUGGAGCAUGGGGAUCUCUUUUACUGCCGCUCCUCCGUCGCUAAGGGUCGCGAUCAGUUUGGGGUCUUUCUGGGCCAGGUGGGUCCCCAACUACAGGUAUUCCUCGCUGAUGGUAGAUGGGUCGCCGACAAUGAGCUUGUAAUGGGGUAUAGCCCGGUUUUAAGGGGCUUCGCAUCAGAGAAAGACCUGGAUCCAAUCAGGAAGCAUCUGCCAGUGAAACCGUUAGAAAUGCGCUCUGAUGGAAUCGACCUACCUCUCACUCGAUCUUUCGCUAGCGACGUGCCGCAUGUGGAUGGGGCUGCUCUGAUGCAGCGAAUGGCCACACUCUCAGCAGCAGUGUUGAAUUUCCGGCGAAGCAAUAUUCAAUUGAUGGACACCGUUUACGAGCAAAUUGCCCAUGAUCAAAGAUACAGAUGUGUCUCACUUGAUGACAUUUACGCCGAACUUCUCAACCUAAAGCCGGGCGAGGUUCCUUUCGAGGCCCAGAUGGCCGUAUAUCUCGAGCUGAGAAAGAACUCCACCAUCAUACAACCUGUGGUCUUGAAUCCUAACGUCCCCUUGUUUGUUUUCCUGCCUCGAAAACUGGCAAAAAGUUUCGAACAAGUCUGCGAAUGGGCUCGACAAUAUCAGGAGGCCGCUGCUGAUGCGGCCCUCGGGAAGAACGUCUCCUUGGUCCUCGGGCAGAACCCCCUGACCAAGUUCAUCGAGAAAGCUAGACGCUCGAUCCUUAAGAGUCGAGCGCUUCGGUCUCCUACCACGACGGGCUGUCUGGGACCGAGCUCUGUCCAGUCCUUCACAGACAAGCAGGUCGAAACACAAGAUACCGGGAUAACUUUUUCGGAAGACGAACACACGAUACUCGAGUUUCUCUGGGACUGUUACAUCCGCGUACCACCUACAGUUUACCGAAACAAGCACCAUUCCAUUGGGUCUCUGAUAUUGCGCGCUAUCGGGGCUUAUCCAAAACUGCGGCUCGAACGCGAAAUCGGCAGUCUCCUCCUCCAGGAAUUGGGAGUGUCUUCACCCUGGGCAGACGUGAUCGAUCGCCACACAGCGCUGCCAAUCCGUGGGCGGAGAGGGGCUGAUAAAAUCGACCUCCUGUUUGCUGAGUCUGAGAAAGUGUGCGAUGAGAUGGGAUUGACGAAAACCCCAGAUCGCGCUUUGCUCCAAGAUUCCAUGGCUGAUCUUCGACAAGACAUGGGAGACCUGCCCGUAUUCGUUGUCGACUCCAUUUAUACCAAAUUUAGAGAUGAUGGCUACUCUCUUGAACCCAACCCCGAUAUUCCAGGCUCUUACUGGAUCCACGUUCAUGUGGCACAUCCGUCUGCAUUCUUCGGUCCGGACCACAUCUUUGCGAAAAGAGCUCGAGCGGCAAAUGAAACUUGGUAUCACCAAACAGUCAGCCAGCAUAUGCUGCCGACUCCAUUUGCAACUACCAUGAGUCUCGGCGCGAACUCUCCAACAAUGACCACCAGCACUCUGAUAACAGAAUCUGGAGAGGUGCUGGACGUCCAGAUCCGACCGUCGAAAAUACACAAUAUAAUCCCGCUGGAUCCACUUGCCGUGCACUGCGCUUUAGGAAGACCUUUACGAGAACAAGCCUAUCUAAUCGUCGGACAAGCUUCCAGCACCGACCAUAUUCCGGGACAACCACCGCCGGAACAUCUCUUGGAGCAGGCUCGAAUGCACCUACCCACGCUUCAAAAGCUGGAGAAACUGCUGGAAGCCCGGGCCAGAGCACGCCGUAACGCACUUCCCGAAUAUGCGGAUUUCCCUACUCUACGCAAUGCCCUCAAGGCAUCUGUCUAUAAUGUGGAAAGCUAUAAUCCGGACCGACUCUCCAAAAGUUACCACUAUAUGGGAGAUCCAACAAUCAAAAUUGUGGACGACCGUUAUGUCUCCAUGCUCCGCUUGAGCGAAAUGGACCGUCAUCACGCUUUGACAACCAUGGUUAUGAUUCUCGCAUGCGAGUCGGCAGGCAAGUGGUUUGCUGAUCGGAACAUACCUGCUUGUUUCUCAGGGGCGACCACUCAACCUGGAUCACCUCUAUCCGUGCUUAACAAAAGCGAUGCCACCGACACUGGUCGUGCACUUCCUCUUCUCAAGACCUCAGCAGAGCCGAUACCACAUGCCUGGUUAGAUACCGCUGCUUACUUGCAAUUUACCAGCCCAAUCCGACGGUUCCGUGAUCUCCUUGCACAAUGGCAGGCCGACUCGUAUAUCCGGGCCGUGGCGGAUGGUCUAAUAAAACCUGGGGAUGAUGUGGAAAAGAUACAGCUGCCUCUGAGCCGCCAGAUGGUUGAGGAUUUUAUUCUCGAAGAGCAAAACUUCCGCCGGGUUGGUCCCACGAUAAAGAGUGACCAUCACUGGACAUUCCGUGCGCUCUUUCGGGCUUUUCACUUCAAAGAGGCACAAUUGCCAGAGACUUGGGACGUCAUGAUUAUCCGUCGCGUCAAGCCUGAAAGUAGUCGACAUGAAGACGACACGGGUGUGCGAGGUUGGCUUCGACCUUUCAAUCUGUCCGUACGGCUUCUGAAGUCACCCGAGGGAUGGGAGAAACUGGCAAGACCGUCCUCGUACAUGCCAGUGAAGCUCGAAUUGGUAGACUUGGCUCUCGGCGUCGUCUUCUGCAGACCCGUUGGAGGGCCUAGUGACACGCCCCAUCAUACUGACCCCAUUCAGAUCGGACCCAAAGCUGUAUCCUCAUGAAAGAAGCCAUUGAACAUCUCGCCGUAAAGUGUUUUGACGAUCUAUUUUGACUAGUUUGUGACUGGCAUUUGAGGACAUAUCAACACAAGAGGUUUCCUUCUGACCCAGCC